AUGGCUGAUGUCCUCAAACAGAUCUGUGAUGGCGGGAAGCCGCAUUACUGCCGAUAUGCGGAACUCACCCAGCAUUCGGCUGUCAGUGCGGCUUUGAAGGGCAACCCGCUUCCAAGAGUCGUGAUCAUCACAGUUCGAAUGAGGGACCACCAGUGGAUAUUACUUUCAUCCGGCAAGCCUGUGUCUGUCCAGGGUUUGAAGCUGUUGGACGACACGCUCGACAAAUUCACAAACAAAGAGGAAGGGCAUGCAAUGGCGAUCGUAGCCGAGUCGAAGACUUGCUGGGUGGUGAAGAACUCGUGGGGGUCCGACAUAUCCCACGGUGGCUACGUGUACAUUCAGAAGUCCCAGGAACUGGAUAAACUUCUCAAGGUCAAGUAUUUCGAUGUCCACUGGUUCAUAAAGGACUUGCCAGCCGGCGAGAGGGAGGCGUUCAAGAAGGCCGGACAACAGGAGAGAGAGCGCUAUGAGACUAGUGUCCGUGAUCACCAUGAGAAGCAGCUUUCACACCUUGACCUCGACAUUUGA